CACACAUAAUCUUAUUAUAAACCCAUAAUUUGCAGUCGUAUAUUUUGUGUUAAUGGGCAUUUUUUUGUUCUACUAUUUUAUAAAAAUCAGUUAUCUAACUUAGUUAACCCUAUUUUAAAUCUGAAUUACUAUAUCUGAAAUCAGUGGCUUCUCUAGUUACAAUAUUUAUUACUGUAAGGACAAUACAAGGACAAGGUGACCACCCAUCCAGAAUAAAACACAGGGGCCAGCAGAAAAUAGCAGUUUGUCAGAGGUUAAACAAUACAAAUUAUCAAAACACAGUUCCAAAGAGUAGAAGAAAAUAUAACUUGUGUGGUGUUCUGUCCAUCCAAGAACAAAGACAAAUUAAUCAUAUAUUUAUAGUAUGACAGAUAUGAAUAUGGGUAGAGCACGUUCAACCCUUAGCGUCUCAGAUGUAGAUUAUUAUUUAAAUCUUCCUGUAAGUUGCCCUACGUCCCCUGCAGCAGCUUCAACCCUUACACUCACUCCAGGUAGACUUAGAAAUAUUGAUCAGGAUAUGGAAAAUAUUAGAGUGUCAAGGCAGGAUAACCCUUUUAUACAGAGAGUUAUUGCCAGUAGGGAAAGUCUGCUUGACUCUAGUGCUGAAGAGGAAUCAGACAAUGUGACUUUGAUGUCAAAGGAAUUAUCGCUGGAUCUUGAGUUAGAUCCACUAUCUCUUCCAGAAAUGCAUGAGCAUAUGAUCAGAAGUCCUCCGCCGACCUGCUGGCCUCGGACACCAAAUUUUCGAGCUUUUGAUUUUCCAAAUAAGGAGGAUACAUUACAGGUAGAAGUUAAUCAAACCAAAGAAAAAUCCAAAUCAACAGACAUCAAACCAAAGCAUUCAAGCUGGCACGACGGCAGCGAGUCAUCUGUUAAAUCAUUUAAAGCUCAUUACUAUCAUGACAAGUUUUCAUUAUUAGCUAGUAGUUCUUUGAGACCGUCGUCGGCUGAAGACAAUAUGCGUUUAAUGGGUGAAGACUAAGCCGAUUUUAAUGAUAAGUAUAAUAUCAUGGCUACCUUUAAAAAUAUAUUUCGUAUUUAAAUAUUUUUAAAGGAGCCAAUGAAUAUUUGGUCCGUACUCUACGAAAUUUAACUAGAUCCGUACCAAUAUAACGUUGUUUACACUAUUAAAUAUUCACAGCGCAAAAUAUGUAUUACUUAGCUAACUAAAUCAAUAUUAUGUCA